GCGGGUAAAAACAAAAUGGCGCCGAAGCCGACUUAAAUUUGUCAUCAGUGAUCGAUUUAUCUUAUUUCUCCACAGAGGCUCAACAUUGGGUCUUGACAAUGUCUAAGGUAGACAUGAAGAGUCCAGCGGGCCUUCUACACAGCCUGGUUUGUAGAAUCACGGAGAAGAAAGAAGACGACGUUUCGCCACAGUUCCAGUACGCCUUACGUGUGUUGGGAAGCCAUUUUACCCCUUCAGUUGAAAGUGAUGAAUUCCAGCUGGCAGAGAGAAUCAAGAGGAAAUUGGUGAAACAGAGAAGAGAAGGGGAUGCAGCAAGAUUUGCAGAACUGCACCGUAAACUUCAGAGCAAUAAUGUAGUAAAGAACAGAUGGGCCAUCCUUUACCUGCUGUAUAACCUGAGCCAUGGUCCAGACAGACCAGGAAUCAAGAUUACAGCAGGAGAGGCGUUGUUUGGGCAGGGUCUCCCUACAGAUGCCACCUCCACACCUUUCCAACAUGUGCCCGGGAUGCCUGGUCCCUUGCGCACACCCAUGCCUGGUGGGGACACCACAGGGAGCAGUGGUAUCAGCAGUAUCCACACAGCAGACAGGAGUGAUCCUACACCUACUCCUCAGUCCUUCCCAGCUAGCUAUGGACCCACCCCUGGGAUCACCCCUGCCCAGUCCCUCUCCCAGAGACAGGCACUAGGCAACAGGCUGGCCCUGAGUCUGUCGUCACGGCAACAGCUGAGUCAGCCCCACCUCGGGAACGGGGACAUGUCGGUGGCAACUGUACCAUCAGGGAGGGCGACCGCCUCUCUCUCACUCAGACCUGGAGCUGACAAUACUUCCUUUGAGCUGUCAGAAGCUGCCCUGUUGCGAGAUGUCCUCUUUGUCUUCCAAGGAAUCAACGGCAAAAUUAUCAAGAUGUCUUCAACAGCUGACAGAUUUCUCAUCGAUCCCAAGGUUGGAGUUCCCCAGUCUUGGAGAGAUCUCCUAGGGAAGUUGUCUGAGUUAGGCUGGCUGCAUAACAAGAUCCGCAAGUUUGUGGACAGUAAGAUCUCAGACAGGGCCCUGGGGCUGGUGGGACAGAGCUUCUGUGCAGCUCUGCAGCAUGAACUCACAGAGUACUACAGACUGGUGGCAGUGCUCGAUGCACAGGUACAACAAGACCAGGACUUAGGAGUGAGUGUAGGCAGUGGAGGUGGGCUGACCCUGCGUAGACUGGUCGUGUGGUCCUACGAACCUCUACAGAGACUCAAAACUCUGGCAUGUCUCGUCGACUCCUGCAAAGGUAAAAAAGGAGGUGCGCUGGCGUCUGUUGUCCACUCCUACAUGCAGACAGGAGACCCGUCGCUUCGCUCGCUCGUGAAACACACUCUGAACGUCGUGUCUCAGCCCAUCUGGGAGAUCAUGGAACAGUGGAUCUACGAGGGAGACCUGGAGGACAACUAUCAGGAGUAUUUUGUUGCCUCGGACCCGACUGUUAAAGAAGACCGACUGUGGCAUGACAAGUACUCCCUGCGCAAGUCUAUGAUCCCAGCUUUUAUCACGAGGGAACAGGCUGACAAGAUCCUGUUGAUAGGGAAGACCAUCAACUUCAUCCGCCAGGUGUGUCAGGACAGGUCACCGUUAAAGACCAAGGCAGUGGUGAAGUCUGGGGAGGCUGAGGAAGAAGGUGACCUGUUUACGAGGGAUGUAGAUGGUAGCCUGCAGCAGGUGAUUGACACGGCCUACAGAGAGACCAGCCGCAUCCUACUGGACAUUCUACACACCAAGUACAAGUUCAUGGACCAUCUCAAGGCUAUGAGACGGUACCUACUGCUGGGACAGGGUGACUUCAUCAGACAUCUGAUGGACCUGUUGGAACCAGACCUGAACAAGCCAGCCAGUACCCUGUACCUACACAACCUGACAGGUAUACUGGAGACUGCUAUCAGGGCCACCAAUGCACAGUUUGAUGAUCCUGACAUCCUCAAGAGAAUAGACGUGCGACUCCUGGAGGUUUCUCCAGGAGACUGUGGCUGGGAUGUGUUCAGUCUGGAUUAUCACGUGGACGGACCCAUCAGUACGGUUUUCACGCCGGAGACCAAGAUCCAGUACCUGCGAGUCUUCAACUUCCUGUGGCGUGCCAAACGAAUGGAGUACACGCUGACUGAGAUCUGGAAGGACCAGAUGACCAUACACAAGCUGCUGCUCAAAACUGUGCCAGAGUUGGCGUCCCUACUCCACCGCUGCCACACCCUGUCCUCUGAGAUGGUGCACUUCAUCAACCAGAUGCAAUACUACAUCACAUUUGAGGUUCUGGAGUGUUCCUGGGACGAGCUGUGGAAGAAAGUGAAGGAAUCGCCUGACCUUGACCAUGUGAUCGCCUCUCAUCAAGUCUUCCUGGAUGCCAUCAUACAACACUGCUUACUGGAUGAUGAAUCCAGGGAACUUCUCACACAGCUGAGGACCAUUUUCGACCUGAUCAUCAAGUUUCAGUCAGCGGAGAACACCAUGUACAAGAAGGCAGAGGAGGAGAUGAACCUCAGGCUCAGGUUCCUCCGCAGGAUCCAGGAGAACACAGAAAAGGGAAAAUGGGGAGUGACAGAACUGGACGAGGAAGAGGAGAACACAAGAAUGGAGGAGUUCCGUGACAAGUUCCUCUCCAAAACUACUUCUCAGCUAAGGGUGAUUUCACAGUCCUACCAGGACAUGGUUCAAAACUUCCUGCUGAUGCUGAACGAGCAUUCCGACCCGAGUCUUCGCUUCCUCAGCUUCCGCCUGGACUUCAACGGACACUACCACCAGCGCGAACCCAAACUCAACCGCUCCCUCAGCGUCAGUUACGCCAGAACACGCCAACGCUCCGGAAAAGACCCAUAAAUUCAACAAAACACUAGAAACUACUUUUUAAGGUAACAUUUGCAAAGCAAGUGUAUAAUGUUUACCUUUGCAUAUGGUCUGC